UUCUUUAGAAAGCUCUGCCUGAUUAUGCACAUCUCUCUGCAUAGAGUUGGGCUUCUUUUGACAGAGGGCCCUAUUACAAUCUUGAAAAAAAACACAGAACAUGAUAACUGGAAAACUCACGUUGUAAAGCUAGAUAACACCAAUUUUUAACAAAGCUUGCAGCUGCACUUCCCCACAGAGAGCAUGGCAAAGCUUUGAUGACAGGGCUUAACAGACUUAGGAAAACUCACUGCAAGAGACUGAAUGUGUCUCACUUUGUCCAUUCUUCAUAGGUGCCCUGCCCGCAGCAGGAGCAGAGCAAGAGGAAGACUGAAUCUCCCCAGUACUCUGAGGCUUGUCACCUCUGGACCCACCUCCCUCUGCUGCUGCCUCUGCCUUAUGCUUCUGAACAAUGAGACCUUGAAAUACUUAAGCUCUAGGCCAGCUGUUCAAGGCUCAAGGCUGGAAGUGACAGACUGGAAACCACAGCUCAGCAACAAAGCAAAACGAAUGAAGCCCCUCAGGACAACCUUCAAGCCUUUGCUUCAGACACCACUGCAUCUUGCUUGUGCAAAUGGACGUGAGGAUGUCGUUACGUUUCUAGUAGAAAACAAGUGUAAGCUAAAUCUUUUUGACAGUGAUAACAGAUCUCCACUGAUGAAGGCAGUACAAUGCCAGAAAGAAAGAUGUGCAGUGAUCCUGCUAGAGCAUGGUGCUGAGAAGACACUGGUGAAUUCCAGAAAAGCAGACUCUUCCACAAGAGCCUGCUGGUCAUUGGAAUGAAUGCUGUAGAGUGUGCAGUGUUCUCCAGGGCUGUGGCUACCUGUGCAAGCUGACCUAUUAGCAGAGGAACUGCGGAAGCUGUUCUCUAGCAUCUUUUUUCCAGCUUUUUGGGACGAAGCCCAAUAAGGGGGCAGAGGAGCAUUUGCUUCAGCAGGGGCGUUAAUUGGUAUCCCUAGGUCUUGGCCCGCUUGUGUGAAGCCUGAAGUGAUUUAAAUGUUUACAAGAAUCCUGUGCCUCAGUGUUCUGCUGAAUGUGGCAAAGGGAUGGAUAUGUGCUAUUGUAUUGUUUGUUUGUUUGUUGUUGUUGUUGUUUUGUUUGGGUCAUGUUAAUUUCUAGAGACUUGUAAUAUUCUUUUCAGUAGGUAUGGAAAAGUUAUAUUUCUGGGAGAGAAAAUUGGCUUCACAGUUGACCUUGGAAACUACUGAAAGGGAACACCUACUUCCCAUUCCGUCUCUCAGUUUCUGUUUCCUUUCUGAUUUUAUUUCCUGUCUGCACUCCUGAUUUUUAGCAGUCUUAUAAAUUUCCACUCUUUUGACUUCUGCCUGUUCCUCUUGUUCUUUUACUUGGCACCACCGAGAAAUUUCUUGCUCUGUCUUCUUUAUGCUGCAUCCCACAGUCAGAUAAUUACACCUGUAGGUGAGACCACAAGCCUUCUGUUCUCCAGGCUUAACAGUCCUGAUGCUCUCAGCCUCUCCACGUAAGCCACAUGCUCCAAGCACUUAACUGUAUUUGCUAAUGACAUGAGUCUGGAAGCUAUAUGCUGUCUGUUUUGACAAUUACUUCUAUGCAUUAAAGACCUGAUGGAAAAUUGUGGGAAUACAAGAAAAGCUGUUCAGAGCAGCAGCUGUGGAGCAAGAUAAACAGCAUGAGAAC